AAUAACAACUACCAUCAACGUGAACUUUAAUAAUCCUCCGCAUGUGAAGAAGUACCGAUAUUUUUGCUUUUUGUACCUUUAUCAUAUCAAGAACGAAACUUUAUAGUCCACAAUAUUUUCUGACAUCAUUGCUUAGAACGAAUAUUAUAUUUGUACGGAUUUAAGUGAGCUUCCUUUCAACCGCAUAAACAACAGGAAGUUUCCGCAGAAUAUGUUAUUCGACCAUGGACUACAACUUAAAAUGACUGUGUAGUAAACAGAAUGAGUUUUCAAUUAUAAGUGACAUAAAAAACACUGUAUGAUUUUAAAUUAUUUACGGAAUAUUAUUUAAGGCUAAAUUGAAUUAGUCCAACAUGCCGACGUCGGUGUCACUCGCCCAGAUGGUGGAUUUGUCCCUUGGGACACCUGAGAUAGGGGUUGUCAAUUUCAAUGUGAUGCACAGUCUCCUACAUGCAAUUAUUAAGAAAUUAAAUAUCUCUGAUGCCAGGACUGACAUCAAUGAACAUGACCGAGAUUUUUUGGCAACAUCGAAGAUUAGAGCUCGCUCAACACUAAGCGAUGCUGACAGUGGUAGGGGUGAAGAAUCUGAAGAUGGCCUCAGUGAAAAGUCUGCUCCUGCUUUUAGACCAACUCCUUAUCAUAGAUUAGAAAUUAAAGUGGAAAAGCUUUUUCAACAAAUGGAAGAACUUAACAAAUUGCCCUCCAAUUCAGAACUUUUUGAUCGUGCAACAAAAGCAAAAGUUGAGACCGGCUCGGACCGCCCAGUUGCUGACAUGUGGCAGUACAUGCAGCUCAAAAAGCGUGUAGAUGCUAAUGAAGAAGGAGUAGGGAAGUUGUUUUCGCUGAUUGAGGACAUGAUGAAGGAGAUGAAGGAGCUUCGUGAUGCCAACCAACUGCUCCAGGAUAAGAUCAAGGGGCUGAAUGUUGAUGAUUUAAAGAAGAGGUUACAAGAGUUGGAAAAAGUCACGGGUGAGCUCAAUGACAAGUUUGCACUGCUGCCCACACCAGAGGAGUUGAGUCAGUUUGUGACGUGGCCGUCCCUGGAAGAUGCCCUCAAGGGUAUUCGUGAUGACCUAACUCCACAGCAACAGCAGGAGAGGAUUGUCAUAGAGAUGUCUAGUCAGACGGAACCGGCUAAACAUCAACUUCUAAAGGUAUGGCCAUCCCGCCCUGGCUCAUCACGGCCAAUGUCACGGGUUAGUACGCCCGGGCCAUCUGAACAGCUCUUGGACAUCCUGGAGAGGUUGGGGAGGAUGGACUCUGACCACCAGACCCUGAAGGCCCGGGUGGAUGCCCUCGAGGAGGAGCUUAAGAAUAAGUUGGACAAGUCAGCCAUUCAAGGCCUAGGUGUUCCGGCUGAGCUGUUGGAGCAGAUUGGCAAGUUGCAGGAGGACCUGGACGCCCUUGCUGCACAAAGAGACAAGACAACAGAUGCACCUUCCCAGAAAGGUGCAUUGUCACUGUUUGGUUCUGUAGUUGCAAUGGUUUCCAAAAUCCGAAUGAAGAAACACUACGGAGAUACAUCUACUGACACGGAGAAAGAAUCAUCGGAUGAAGAGAAUAUUGGUGACUUCAUGCCAUACAACAUGCAGGUGUUUGAGGAGCGAUUGAAGGUGCUGGAGGAUAGAUUCCGGCUGUUCCAGCAAAACAUUAUCGAUGACAGCGCAUACCAGAGUGAAGUUACUGACCUGUCCGGCUGGCUUGCACAGAUGGAAAGCAAGAUCCAGGGUAACCGGGACACGAGCUCGCCUGAGGAGAGUGAGGUGAACAGUGGCAAGGAGGAAGCAAAGCCUGCUGAGAAGGCUGAAGAAGCAAAGCCUGCUGAGAAGGAUGAAGAAGCAAAGCCUGCUGAGAAGGCUGAAGAAGCCAAGGAACCUAAACAGGAGGAACAGGUUGAUAAGAAGAAGAAGAAGCAAGAGGAAUCUGUGGCUGAGAGACUAAAUGAGGAGGCAGAGUUGAGGCACGAGUUGGAAGUGAUCCUGGAUGAGAAUGACAUUCAAGUCACCUCCUCACAGAUUCUCCUGUCUGCCCCAGAGCUGCAGGCCACCAAUGAGAAGCUCAAGAAAAUGGCAUACAGCCUCAAUGAUCAGCUUCACAGUCUACGAGACCAGGUGUUUCUGGUGGACCAAGAAAUCAAGCGGAUGGCCAAAGGGGUGGAGUUUGCCCUCAUGAGAGCUAAAGUGGCUGGUGGUCGUAAUGACAUGGACAGUGAUGCAUUGAGCCGCGCCCAGCAGGCAAUCCUGCAGCUACAGGCAGAGGUGGAAAAGCUGCACCAUACCACAAGCGACAUCAUCGAUGACAGUAAAUACCGUACAAAACAGAUAGAGGAUCUGUUGAAGUACUGUGACAAGCUGCAGGAGGAGAAGGCAGACAAGGACUAUGUCCAGAUGGAGGUCGAUGUGAAAGCAGACAAGAAGCAGCUGGAUGCGAAGGUGAACACAAAGCUGUUUGACAAGACGACGGAGGAAAUCAACAAUAUGAUCAAGGAGAUCCUUGACAAACUUGCUGGACAUGAUGAGGACUGGAAGAAAUCUUACGCACAGUUGGCGGAGGACAUUGAUGGAAAGUUGGACCGCCUCGAACUGGACCCCCUCAAGGAGUGGAUGGAGGCCCGACUCAAGGCCCUUAAUGACAAACUGAAGAAAUACCAACAAAACACGGACUGGUCCGAGGAUGAUGCUGCUGGCAUCAGAAAACAACUAAUUCAGAAGUUCCACUGUAUUUCAUGUGAUCGUCCAGUUGACAUGAUGCCUACCGGCCCAAUUCCAUCCCUGCCUGCCCAGCAGGGUCUGAAUGCCACCAAGUCUCCCCGGCCCUAUACAACCUUUGAGCUAGACCAGAUCAGGCAGCAUGCCAAGAGCUAUAACUCAGGCCAGAAUGUGUUGAACUUUGAGCGUGCUAUAGCCGAGAAACAACUCGCCUCCCUCAAAAAGUCUGACCUAAGAGCCUUUUUUGUGCACUUUAAAAAUGACUUUGAUGCAUUAUCACAGCUUACACAGAACUUCACAAACCCGGAGAUAUCAGACUACUAUGCGACCCCAAGGCCAUGCGGAGGCAGCCAUACGCUGACUUACCCCCACAAGCGCAACACCAAACUCACACACCUCAGCCACCUGUUCAGGGAGGAGGAGGCUGUCACGAUUCCAGCUCCGAGGGAGGAGGUUGACAUCCAGGGUCAUGAUGGGCACAUCUACCGGGGGCGCUCUGACAACAACCGUUACCCUCAGAAACUGGAGGCUCGCUUCCCAAGCACCCUUGGCUCAAACAACAACAACAACAUGGGCAUCAAGGCGCGGUCCACCAGUCCCCAGCCCCAUCCAUACCAACCAAAGCCUCCACAGACAGCCCCUAUUAUGAGCCAGCAGAGGGGUCGCCCCGUCUCUGCCCGAACCCCGCCCUCACCAAGACCCUCCUCUGCAGGUCAAGCUUUACAGCAGGGUUCCAGACCACAGAGUGCUAAACCCUCUGCCCGUGGUGCAGAGCAGACAACAGUUGUAGUGGAGCAGACGGCAACACAGCAAGUAGGCGAACCUGUUCCCGAGCAAACGAUACAGCUGGACAUGCCUUCUGCUGAAACUGCUGUGCAUUAGAGACCACUUCCAUAGCACUUACUUGUUAUAUUUCUUAAGCAAUACUUUUGAAAAAAAAGAUACAUAUAUCAAUGACUGACUUAGGUAGCAAUGUAUUUAUUGGGUUAUGAAUUAAAUUUUUAUUUUGCAAAUUGUUUCUUAUGUAUCACUGGCAUGCUUCUGGCAUGAACUAUUGAAUGAAUAGUUUAUACUUCCUGUUAUUAAUCUUGAUCAGCAUGCACCCUUUACCUUAUAAUUGUUAUCAGUACCUCCAGUAUUAUUUUUGUGCCUUGUGAUAAUUGUUUCCAUUGUGUUGUAUUUCAUGUUGAAACUUGAUGUCUUAAAAAGUGCAUUUUCACUCACGCUGACGAUACAGUUUAAAUGAAUUAUUUCAAACUUAAAUUAUGCGCUUCAAUUAUGAAUGAGGAGAAAAUUGAAAUAUGCUACAAUGAACUAAUAUGUUCUUGGAAAUACCAUUAACAGGAGUAUUAAGAUAUAAGAUUUAUGAGAAAUUUAUGUAUUAACUAAUUCAAUUUGUUCUCUUUAAUGCACAUAAUUUAUGCUUAUAUCUAGUUUCUGGUAAAUAACUCCUUUUUUCAUACGAUGUGUUCUGUGUUUGAAAUGUUUGCAAUUGUCUUUAAUUCACAAAUAUAUUUGUUAUAUUGUAAAUAUGUUUUAUAUCUUUAUUACUAAACUUUAUUAUAUUUAUUCAGUC